GCCAGGGGGGCCUGGUCCCCACCGGGAGAGCGAUGAGCGGCCCCCUGGAGGAGAGGGAGCUGCAGGAGAGGCUGCGGGAAGCGGCCGCUCUGGGGGACCUGGAGGAGGUUCGGCGCCUGCUGCAGAGCGGGGCGGACGUCAACUCCCCCAAUGAGAUCAACGGCUGGACUUGUUUGCACUGGGCAUGCAAACGGAAUCAUGCUGAAGUGGUCUCUUGCCUGAUUGAUGCUGGUGCUGAUAAGGAGAUUCUCACAGCUAAAGGAGAACUGGCAGCCCAGUUAACGUCAAAGAAAGAUAUCAGGAAGAUUAUGGGAGUGGAGGAAAAUGAAUUUAAAGAAGUGGAAGACUUAAAUAUGCCAAUUGUUGCAAACUAUUUGGCCAAUCCACCCUUCCCUUAUGUUUACACUAAAGAAAGCAACAGCAUUCCAUCCAUCUCAACAGCAUUCCAGAAUGAAAGCACUUCCGUCUCUUUUGUUUCUCUGUGUGAAACUAGUUCUUGUUCAUCAGCAACUCAGGUCGAAAGCAUAUGCACACCCACGUCAUCACACAGCGAAGAUGAUUUUCCUGUGGUACACUCUAAGGAAGGCCAGCCCACCCCAUCAGCAGCCAUCAUGGUGCCAGAAUAUCCAAAACCUAGAGUCCAGAAUGGCUCCAUUUGUCAGCCAUCCAUGUCUCAUAAUAGAGGCCUCUUUUCUCCAGUAGCAUCUAAACAGCCUGUACCUCAGCAACAGAAUGGCUCUCAUACUGGGGCUGCACCGACAUUUCAGCCACUUUUCUUCACCGGAACUUUUCCAUAUAAUAUGCAAGAAUUGGUGCUUAAGGUAAGAAUUCAGAGCCUUAGGGAAAAUGACUUCAUUGAGAUUGAAUUAGACAGACAAGAACUGACCUAUCAGGAUCUACUCAGAGUCAGUUGCUGUGAAUUGGGUGUUAAUCAAGAACAAGUGGAGAAGAUUAGAAAGUUACCGAAUACGUUGGUCAGAAAGGACAAAGAUGUUGCAAGACUUCAGGAUUUUCAAGAACUGGAGCUGGUUCUAAUGAAAAGUGACAACUCUCCUUUUAGAAAUGCUGCAUCAACACUGACGGAGAGGUCUUGCUACAAUAGUAAAGCAUCAAAGCUGACUUACUGAACUUUCUAGAAUGUGAGAAUUAUAUGCUGCUGUCUUCUGAAGCAGUGGAUUAAUUGUGUGUGAAACCUUAAGUUAUUGUUAGGGUUAAUAUUUUAACUAAUAAUAGUAUAUCUUUGAUAUUUACUAUCCCCUUUGCUUUUUUUUAACUUAAUAUUGUAUUCAGAUAAAGGGUACCUCAUUUGUCUAUUAAGCCGACAUGCUUCAGAUACAAGUUAAUGAAGUUUAUUGGUUGUAUUUGGCAUAAGAAGACAGCUGGUCAACUGUUCGCAUGAAAAGUAAAGACUUCUAGAAAAAUCAGGCACAUUUAGAUAUCUAUAUAUUUUUUGCAUAAAUUAUAAAUUUAGGCUUCUAUGGCUUGUGGCCCCCUGAAAAUGUAAAUACUGCCCUUAUUUCUCAGACUCCUCAAGGUGCAGUCUCUCUCUGCUGUCACCAGUACCUGGCUCACUGAGUCUCUUACAACUGCCCUAAGUAUGAAGUAGCAUGCCAUGCUGUCUUCUAGAGCAAUGGUAUUUACUGCUCCAAACAGUCCAUAGAACACCCAUUGUAACAACCACACAGGGACAGCUUGCUAAAAUCAGGUUCCCAGAUGUCAAACUGCCAUUGAUGUUUAGUAACCACCUUCAUUUUUCUUCCCCAAACUAAUAGAUGACCCAACUGAACAAAAUGGGAUAACUUAAUAUUUUGUUCUUAAAAUAUUGAUUUUUUUAAAAGUAAAUCUUAGCCACACUGUUGAACAAGUGUAUUAGAUCAUCAAAGCAAAUGAAAGUUACAUAUAUGGUUGUGCUUAAAAGGAAACGGCCAUGUUUGACUGUAUAUUUACAUUAUUUUUGUGGGUGUCAAUUGCUUUUAAAAACCUAUAUACUUCUAAAAGAAUUCAUUCCCUAACACUUGUCCACUUGGCAAGCAUUAAUUACGCCCUAUGAUUCUAGUAGUGCUUUAAUGAUUUUUUUAAAAUCUCUUCUAGGAACUAGCCUCAUUGAUGCUAAUAGUUCAGGGAAUCUGGGUUAAAUUCAGCAUCCUAUGCACUAGGAGCACAAUACUAGAAAAUAUUUGUUGUUGAGACGUGGCAGUAUCAACUCCAGAGGAGACAGUCUGCUCUUGCUUAGCCAAACCCAAUUAAGGGAACAUGGGAAUGGAAAUAGAGGCAUCAUCAGAAGCAAUUAACAGACGCACUUGGAGCUGUUUUUAAAUUGAUUCUGUAUGACACAUUCUUCCCACAACUGUUGCAUUACGUUGCACGAGCUGGUGUCACUUAAAGUGUGUCAAAAGCUUCAGCCAAUUGAAUAAUCCAAAUAGAUUAAUGUUGCUGGAUACUUUAUAGCACUAUGUUAAAAACUUGAAUCUAAGCCUACUUGAGCUCUUAAUUUUUCAGAGCUUAUCCUGGGCAGUGUUAAUUUAAAACAUGUAUCACAUUUGCUAUCAAAUACCAUAUUUUCAAGUUGUUUUUUCUCCCAAGGAGCACUUUUGUUGCUGGAAGUACUAAUCUCCAGCAGUUCUCAAAACACUUGGCUACCUUGAGACUGAUGAAGGCUAGGCUGAUAUGCAGAAAAACUAGAAAUGGCAAUUCCAGAUUGAGUAGAAAAUCUGGCCUUUCUUAUGACUUAAACAAACACUUCCUACCAGUGUCUUUCAAUUAAAAACGUAACCUAAUUUAUAAGAGAUCUAAUAUUGAGUCUAUCUCCAACUCUAUUUCUUUAUUAAGCUAUACUAGAGCAGCUGCCUUCAAAUAGCUUCUUCCUGCACUACUACCCCAAGAACUUGAUACAACAGUAGGGAUUUUUUUUAAUGCGGAUUGCAGUGUAUAAUAUUGGAAAUGAUUUAGUGUAAUACAUUGCAUAGGGGAUAGCUUCCCCUUGCAGUAGCUGCUUCUCUGUUUGACCAACAUGUUUUCACAUGCUGUACAACUGAUGGCACAUAUUGGUUUAUAUUAAGUAGACAUUUCUGAAUUUGACUAGACAAUAAUAGAAUGUGGCAAAUUGUUUUGCAACAUGACAGAUAAAAU